AUGUUGGCUUUGAAGGAAACAUCUCUCCAUCCUGAGAGUCCAUCUGGUGCGUUUCACCUCAAAAGUGGAUUUCUUAAGAUCUCAGAAGACUCCUGUCUGGAGUUCUGGUACCAUAAACCUAACAAGAAGAGUUCUGAACUCAAAGUUUUGCUAGAGGGUGAUAUUCUGCAAACGUUGAUUUGGACCUCAGAGACAUCUAGCAUUGGAGACUGGAGACAAGUCUUCAUCCCUCUCACAAAGCAGUCUGACAAAGACAACAUCCAGGUUAUUUUUGAGCUAUUAAAAGGUCUGCAAGACGAUGAACAAACUGCCUUUGACAGAAUAGGAAUACGGAAGGGACAAUGUGGGCCACAAUGUCAGCGAGGAGGCACAUUUUGGACUGAUAAAAGCACUCGCUGCACUUGCACUGAUGAGCAACUCAUCUGUUCUCACGUCCCUCGGUCCAAAGAUACUUUUGGCACCUGCCAUGUGGCCUCUGACCCACACUACACUACUUUUGAUGGGGUCAGCUUCCAAUUUGAGAGUCCUUGUACCUACGUCUUGUCAAAGGUCUGCGAUGACUCAGGGUUGCUUCCUGAGUUUGCAGUGGAGGUGCAAAAUGAGAAUAAAGGGGACUCGCACAUAUCCUCCAUUCAGCAAGUGAACAUCAAUGUACAUGGUCUGACAGUGACCAUGGUGAGGACAGAGAGGAGAAAAGUCAUGGUUAAUGGGAUUUGGAAGAAUCUCCCUCUACUCCUAAAAGGAAACAGAGUUACGGUUAAUGCCCAGGGAGAUGCUUUGGUCCUUCAGACAGACUUCAAACUGUCCGUCUUCUACUUGAGGUCCAGUGCCGUUCAGGUGAUUGUCCCCAGCCAUUACUCAAACAGAAUCUGUGGCAUGUGUGGCAACUUUAACCACGAGACAGAAGAUGACAUCAAGAUCCCAGACAGGUCACUGAUGCAGGACACGCAUGUUUUAGGGCAGAGCGUGUGUGAGGAACCCACCCUCCCCAGGGUCUGUACAGAUGCAGAGGAGCAGAAGUACGCCAGCGAGGUUUACUGCGGCAUGCUAACAUCCAGACAAGGGGCAUUUUCAACGUGCUCAUCUGUUCUGAAUGCAGAUAGUUUCUUCCGAAGCUGCAUGUUUGAUAUGUGUACAACUCACGGAGAUCCCGCAGCCCUCUGCAAUGCCAUUGAGGCCUUCAGUGCCACCUGUGACAAAGUUGGGAUCUCUGUUAUGGCCUGGAGGAACACAACAUUCUGUCAUAGUUUCUUCCGAAGCUGCAUGUUUGAUAUGUGUACAACUCAUGGAGAUCCCGCAGCCCUCUGCAAUGCCAUUGAGGCCUUCAGUGCCACCUGUGACAAAGUUGGGAUCUCUGUUAUGGCCUGGAGGAACACAACAUUCUGUCGAAACAGAGUUACGGUUAAUGCCCAGGGAGAUGCUUUGGUCCUUCAGACAGACUUCAAACUGUCCGUCUUCUACUUGAGGUCCAGUGCCGUUCAGGUGAUUGUCCCCAGCCAUUACUCAAACAGAAUCUGUGGCAUGUGUGGCAACUUUAACCACGAGACAGAAGAUGACAUCAAGAUCCCAGACAGGUCACUGAUGCAGGACACGCAUGUUUUAGGGCAGAGCGUGUGUGAGGAACCCACCCUCCCCAGGGUCUGUACAGAUGCAGAGGAGCAGAAGUACGCCAGCGAGGUUUACUGCGGCAUGCUAACAUCCAGACAAGGGGCAUUUUCAACCCCUCUGCAAUGCCAUUGA